AUGUCCGACUCUGUCUCCAGUGACAACAGAGGUCCAACGGAAAAUGUGUCUGGCCCCUCGCACGCUUUCGUCAACGGGAGGUGUGAUGGUUCCCUCAGCCUCCUGGACAGACUCUCCGCGACCAGGGGCGUCUGGGAGCUCCUCGGUACCCUCCCACGGCAAGCCACGGAACUGCUCGCAGGGCAAGCAUCUGGGACAUUCAUCAUCACCCGAGAUGUGGCUGGAGAUUCCAGGGUCAUCUCGAUUCGGACACGGGAAGGUGGGGCUGACGCUGUCCGCUGCUUCUCUGUUCUAGACGAGAACUCUGCCGUGUACCUGGAGGGCUCCCACCUGCGCUUCCGAGAUCUGCUGGAUCUGGUCGCCUUUCACAUGGUGAGCAGGGACAUCCUGCCGGAUCUGCUGAGGAUCCCAGACGCCUUUCAGCUCUCAUGCAAGUCUGAAUUAGACGCCCUUGCUGCGUUGGGCACGAAAUUCUGGACAAUGCCCCUUAAACUUGGCCCUGGCUUGGCAUCGGCUGAAGAAGGCUCCCAGGGGUCCAACGGAGAGCCCCACAGAUCCGGGCAGCCAGAUGGCCCCGUCCAGGUGAUCCCUGAGGAGGGGGCCUUGUGCAUCAUCAACCCGCUCUUCCUCUCCGUGCAUGGUGAUGCUUGCUGGCUGAAUUCGGCCCCGGACCUUUGCCGCACCAACAGCAGGAGAGGGACCCUGCGACUCCGGGAUGGACGGGGCAGCCCGGUCGACUCUGGCUCCGCAGCGGUACCUUGCAAACAGGAAGAUCCACCAGUUGACACUGGCUCCGCAGCAGUGCCUUGCAGACAGGAAGAUCCAGAGUGUUUGGAGCGUCCGGGGUCCCCGGAGGAGGAAAAGGCGACAGAGAAAGGUGGCUCGGUGGCCCCCUCGGGCUCUGUGCGAUGGAAGCCCUUCCUGCGCAGCUUGGCCAUGGCCGACUCUGCAAACGUCUCAGAAGAGCUGCCUGCGUCCCCGGACCUCCUGCAGAAAGAGGUCAAGUCCCCGCACCGCGUUUCCUGGAUCGAAGCCGCUUCGGCGACGGCACCCCCCUGCUGCCCCCCCAUGGAGUCUGGCUCUGAAUCGUCGCCCCUGCACGAGCCCCUGGUCUUGCCCCCCAUCCCUGAACUGGAUUCCCUCUCUCUCAGCAGCAUGGAGGACGAGGGGGACAGCCUCCCGCUUACCGCCACGCACAAGAAGCGCCGCUCCUCCGCCGCUUUGACGUACAAAGUGCUUCACCGCCUCUCGGCUGUGGGCAGCACACUUGGUGGGCUCCUCUCUACUGAGCGCCGGAUCUCCAACCGGGUGCAGGAAUUGGCCCAGGAGCCGAUGUCCUACCUUGGAGGCCUGGUGCAAAGCUUUGUGGGGCACGUCCUGCGGGGAUCCGGGAUGCGGCACCCCACCAGCACCGACAUGCUGCAGGAGAUCCGGCAGAUGAUCAGCAACCUCAAGGGCUACCUGUGCGAGAGCUCGGAGCUGCGUACCAUCUGUGAGCACAGUGAAGCGGAGGAGAUGGACCUAGGUUCUGUGGUCGAAGCCGCCCUGUACAAAUGCAUCCUUAAGCCCCUCCGGGAUUCCAUCUACGCCCAGCUGCUGGACUUCCGCACCCGUGACGGGAGCUUGGCCAGGCUGCGUGGACACCAGGCCACCAUGAGCCAGCAGACCCUGGCCGAGCUGGGAGUGACGGCCGGCGUGCCGGACGGGGCCGGCCUGGAGCGCAUCCGGACCAAGCUGGGCCUCAUGCACCAGGCUUACUCGCCCAAGAAGAAGGAGACGCAGAUGCUGAAGGCGUGCAAGCUGAUCUAUGAAGCCAUGAACCAGGCGGCCGGCCGGACAGAAGAGCCUUUCGGCGCCGAUGACUUCCUCCCGGUCUUGACUUACGUCUUGCUGAAUUGCGACAUCGUCUCGGUCCAGCUGGAUGUGGAGUACGUGAUGGAGCUGAUGGAUCCUGGCCAGCUGCAGGGAGAAGAGCCUUUCGGCGCCGAUGACUUCCUCCCGGUCUUGACUUACGUCUUGCUGAAUUGCGACAUCGUCUCGGUCCAGCUGGAUGUGGAGUACGUGAUGGAGCUGAUGGAUCCUAGCCAGCUGCAGGGAGAAGGUGGUUAUUACCUCACUACCUGGUUCGGGGUCCUCUAUCACAUCGCGAACUUCCAGCCGGCCGCCAUGGUGACGCGCCAGAUCAGCAUCGAGGCCCAGCGGUCCAUCCACCAAUGGCAUCGACGCCGCACAAUCCAUCACCAUCAUGGCUACCGGGGCCAUUCACAGAACAUCCUCUUUGUCUCCUUCCACGAGCCCUUCAGCAACCAGAAGUCCAUCUCUACCCUCGCUGACAUGACCACGGCGUCGAUAUGCGAAGUGUGUGCCAAGAAGUACGGCGUCCCCGAUCCCGAGGCCUACGGCCUUUUCCUGGUGUCGGGGGACUCGUCUCAGCUCCUGGCAGAUGACACCUGUCCCCGGCGGCUCCGCUCGGACAUCCUCCAAGCCCAGGGCCCUCCCGUGAGCUUCAUAUACAAGCCCAAAGGCGGGGCGCAGCCUGACUCGGGUCUCCGGUCUCUCCAGAACCCAGGUAGCUCGACUGAAACCCAAGAACCCUUCGAAGGCAUGGACACGGGGCAAACCGUGGCGGACUGA